AUGUCGGCGCCAUCGAUGUCUGUGAUUGGAGGUCCAGUGGCGACGGAUACUAGGCCAGUGGGCAAGCGAGAUUCAGUUCUCGCAGACGGGAGUAUUCCGGACAAUGUUGUGGCUAUCAACCAUGAUCUUUCCCUUCGAUUAUCUCAAGCCCCAAACGACCUUCGAGAGGCAUACGCUCGGGACGGGUAUGGAGGCGCGGUGAGGUUUCAUGCCCGCUGGGCCGAGCUCAUUGAAACAGUGCUGAGGAUCCACUCGUUCCGGCUCUUGCUAUCCUCCACACGAGCUCGGGCACUAAGCUCCUGCGAUGCCUGUUUAAGGUUGGGCGUGCCGGUUGAUGAUAUUUGGAUCGAGGCGAUGAGGUGGGCUGAUCUGAACUUAUUCAAAAAGUGA